GUCUCCGAGCCAUCCAGAUGCCGCGCCAGAAUAAAACAGGACAGGUGAGACUUCCACGCUUUACUUUUGGCUACCUCAAGGUACAGGUGGGUACGGAGUAUGGGUUUCAAUGGUCAUGUCUUGGCCCCGUCCAAGGUUCGACUUGACCUUUGAGCUUGACCGCGAGCUUGGCGUCCCUCCGGCGGGCUUCGGCCUCCUUGCUGUUGACUUGAGGGAUCAUGAAUACCGUCUACGGAGUACUGGCGUGGAACAACAUGAUAUGUUUCUUGACGAAUGGCAAGCUCUCUCCAGCUGCAGCGUUUGACCUAGGAUUUCCCAUUCGCUCCCGCCUCGCAUUGCAUGCAGUGCAGAGCAAACAUGCUUUGCAAAAGCUCUGCAAGUCAUUUCGACAUCCACAUCUCGGCCCCUCUACGGAUACAGUAGUACCACGAGUACUUGGAAAUCACAUUUUCCCAGCCUUGCGUCAGUUUACUGCCCAGAGACGCCGGGGGCCAGGGCGAAGCAAGGGCGUGUGCAUGAGGAGACCGUUCCAACAACGCAAAAGCAACGACGAAGGAUCUCCGGCAAGCAGCAAGCGAUCCGUUUCUCGGGUAAAGACCAGCCUCUACGAGGUACGAGCAGCAAAGCCACGAACCUUCCGCAAAGAACGGCAUCAGGAUCAGGAACAGCUCCUCUACUAUUGUAGUCACCCUACGUGCCUACAUGCAGCAGCGGAAGCUCUUAGCACCCACAGCCGCCAAUGGCAUGGACCAACCCGUCACCAACGCUGGCCGUUGGAUUGCUCGUCAACUUAGACGCGCGCUUUGGAGGGCGCUGAAAAUAUAUCUCGUCUUGGGCAAAUCGGCGAUGCACUGCAACCG